AUGAGCUCUGAUCUGGAGAGCGUUUCGCUCAACACACCGCUCUCCUCCACCGGCUCAGGCGGCCGGGCGCUCUCCGCGAACGUCCGGAGGCUCCACACCGCCCUGAACCUGCUGCUCAGCGGCCCGGAGAGAGAGCAGUUCAUCCACUGCCUCAAUGUGUACCACGCCAAGCGCAACGUCUUCGACCUGGUCCAAACUCUCAAAGUGAUUCUCAACACGAGCAGCAAACGCCAGCUGCUGCCCAUGCUGCGCCUGGUCAUCCCGAGGUCUGACCAGCUGCUGUUCGACCAGUACACGUCCGAGGGACUCUAUCUGAAGACGGAGCUUUCCUCCAGCAACGGCAGCGCGGAGGGCGACUCAACUCUGCAGAAAUAUGUCAGCUCCAUCCAGGAGCAGCCCCCCCCCUCCGGCUGUUCGGACGAGCUGUCGGCUUCCCUGGCCGCGCCGCUAUGCGAGGGUCCCUUUGGAGAGGUGCGCAAAGUCCUGCUGACACGCACCAGGAGCCACGAGGGUCUGGGCUUCAGUAUCCGUGGGGGGUCGGAGCACGGCGUGGGCAUCUACGUGUCCCUGGUGGAGCCGGGCUCGUCGGCCGAUAGAGAAGGACUCAGGAUCGGGGACCAGAUAGUGACCGUGAACGACCUGAUGUUCGACCGUGUGUCUCACGUAGAGGCGGUGCAGGUGCUCAAGGGAUGCAAGAAACUGGCCAUUACAGUGUGUUCCAUGGGUCGGAUCCCUGGGGGCUACAUCACCAACCAUGUGUACAGCUGGGUGGACCCUGAGGGCCGGAGCGUGUCCCCGCCCCCCGACAGCCACGAGGCCAACCAGAGGCCAGGACAGGGCAUGGAAGAGAGGAUGUGUAACCUAAACAUGGACGAUGGUCGCUCUCUGGGCCUAAUGAUCAGAGGUGGAGCAGAGUAUGGACUGGGGAUCUACAUCACUGGAGUGGACCCUGGAUCUGCUGCAGAUGCCUGUGCCCUAAAGGUGGGUGACCAGAUCCUGGAUGUCAACGGACAGAGCUUUGUAACCAUCUCCCACGAUGAGGCAGUUCACAUCCUCAAGACAGGACGCCACCUUCUAAUGAAAGUUAGGGAUGUAGGGCGUCUGCCUCAUGCACGCACAGUGGUGGACGAGACCAAAUGGAUCUGCAGUCAGGCCAUAGCUGAGACCAAUGCUACAGCUAACCCAAGUUAUCUCACCAACUCCCAUGUCAAUGCCGGCAUCCACGUCAACGUCAGUGCCUGCAGUUCAAGGCCAUCCUCUGCCAAAGCUACACUUGUAUUGGGAAAGCCUGCAGUAUACAGAGGUGUGGGCCCCCCAGGUGCUCAGGUGUCUCUGGAGCAGCAGGCCUACAUGCUGCUGACGGAGCCAGAGAGGCAGACCAUGGUCUACUACCUGCAGGAGUACCAGGAGGGACACAUAGGAGUGGAGCCGCUGACCAUGGCUCUCUGUGAGCUUUUUAACACACAUGCAAAGCUGUCCAUGCUGGCAGAUGUGAGAAGUCUGGUGGCUCCCCUGGACCUGGAGCUGUACGACAGGCUGGUGUUGCAUCGUGAGAGGGAAGCCCACCAGGCCUGGCAUGGAGGUCCGGGGGUCCUGCAUCCUCAGGGCUACUGCAACCAGAAUGCAGGACAUGGCCACCCUGCUAUGACUGACGGCUCUGUUGCUGGCUUGACAGAAAACAACCAGGAGGAGAACACUAAUGCCUUACAAAACAUGACAAUGGCUGAAAUGCGUGCUUCAGGUGAAUCUCCUACAUUAUCAAGAGAUGCCCCCCCCCAGGCUCACAGCAGACUGUCCAGGGACAAGGAGCCCAGCAGGAAGCCUCCAGCCCGCCGGGGGCAGCUCAGCUCCAGCCCCCUUCUCACUGGCCCAAUACGGCUGCUCCAGGAUUGCCUCUACAAGUCCCUCAAAUCCCUCCCCAGCACCCAGCAGUCUUUGCCCCCCUCUGCCCAACACACCUGUGCUGCUGCCAGCCACCACGCUUCCCUCAAUGCACUUAAUCACACAUGCCAGAGUUCCCUUCAAAUAUCUGACCCUGAACAAUACAACCACUCCAACUUCGCUCAUCCCUUCCACCAGCAUGGGGCCAGCAGCUGGCACAGCUCAGGACCCCACACCUGCCCCGGCCUCCUGCCCCCCCGGCAGUCCUCAGAGGCAUCUGUCAGGAUGGCUUGCAGAUCUAGCUCCUAUGAGAAGUCCUCCUACUUUGCAAAGUCAGCUAAUUCUUCAAAAGCUGCAUCUCCCAUGCAAUCCCCUCAUCUAUCACCUCGCCCCUCCCCAUGUCCCUCCCCCUGCCCCUCCCUCAUCACACCUGCUGCUCCAACCUGUAGUCCUGACCGGCCCUGCUCCCCCGCCCUCACCCACAAAGUCAUCCUGACCGACAUGAACUGGCUGUCUGCAGACUGCCGAACACAGCAAAGAGGGGCCACUCUCUCCCAGCUGUCAGACAGUGGCCAGACUCUGAGUGAGGACAGUGGGGUGGAUAUAGCCGAGGCAGGGGGCCUCAGUAAGGACGGCAGCCCUCGGCCCAGCAAGAACCCGCAGGGCCAUCUGGAAAAGCCAGGGGCCCAUGCCCCCCCUCCAGGAACCAGACAGUGUGGCUCACCAGUCCCAGUGCCGAACGCUACCUUGGUACGAGUGGUGAAGAAUUCAAACACCCUUGGCAUGGCUAUAGAGGGAGGAGCCAACACACGACAACCUUUGCCGCGCAUAGUCACAAUUCAGAAAGGAGGCUCAGCUGAUAACUGUGCGCAGCUGAAGGAGGGUCAGGUCAUCCUGGAGGUGGACGGCGUGUCCCUGAGAGGGCGGGAGCACAAAGAUGCUGCUCAGAUCAUCACUGAGGCCUUCAAGACCAAAGAGAAGGACCACAUCGACGUCUUGGUAGUGGAUCCAGGACUCUAGUAUGAGGACUUUGCACUUUAGAAAGACACCGUUUUACUGCUUUGAGU